AUGGGAUCCUGUCUAUCAGUCAGUCUGAAUGAGUCUGAGAUGGCCCAGAGCCCGUCUCGGACUUCGAGGAGCAGCAGCGAGAACGGCCCUGAGCAGGUGGAGAUGAGUGCCAUGGCUGGGGCACGGAGGGAAGCGGCAAACUCGAGUGGCUGCAUGCCGGCCGAUGGCGGGUCUUCCAGCAGGGCUGGUUCCAGCUGGUCUGGCGAGACCGCCCUUACUGCGGUUGAGGAAGCGGAGUAUGCCAACAGCUACUCCACGAUAGAGCUGGGCGACCCGCCCCGCUUCGUAGAGCACCUCCCCGAGAGCCCGAAGCUCGGGGGCUCCGCGUCCUUCAAGUUUCUCGGUAGCACCCCGGCCCGCCACAGAGCCGGUGAGCAGAUCGAUUACGCACCAUCGCUAGAGCGCGAGCUCGAGCGUGUUGCCUUUCUCAGGAAGCUAUGCGAUUGGGACGACCGGUUCCUGUCGCCGGAGGAGGUCGAGAGGAGCAAGCGGCUGCAGGAGGAGAGCGAGCGCUUCAUGGACGGGCACUUCCGGAGCCGGCCCCUGGGGUGGAACGACCGGUUCCUGCAGAUCUUUUGCUGCGUGGACCCGUACGACAGGGCUGCGCACCCGAUGUUCGACCCCGAGUUCUGCGCAAGAGAAGAGGCCCGUGAGAGAAGGGCGGAGGAGCGCCGGCGAAAGAAGGAAGAGCGCCGGAGAGAAAAGGAGGAGCGCCGAAGGGGACGGGAGUAG